AUGAGCCAGCUGGACGUCGAUGAUCUGUCGCUACCGUCCUCAGGAACAGGGUCCCCGACCACAUCAACGGCGUGCAAAAAUGCGCCCUCUCCAUACGGCACGCUUCGAUUCCCAGGGGGCGACGAGCUCGUGUCUCUGGCAGAGAUAGCAGAGGGGCUGAGACAGGCACAGGGUCGGUACCACAGACUCAAUAUCCAGCAUUCCGAACUGGGCGAUGCCAGGUUCCACAGGAUCAUCGAUCUGCUCCGCAUCACACACAAGCCUGUCGAGAACAGCGACGGGAACGACGCUCCGGCUGCGCAGAAGGGAGAGCACCACGCGGCUAAAAGCGAAUGGCUUCGACUGUUGGUACCUCACCUUGAUGCUUGGAGGAUUCAACCGAGGGAGCCCUACCACUCCUUUCGCAUCAUCGAGCUGGACAACAACGAGCUGACCUCGGUAUGUCUGCCGGCCAUCACUGCGUAUCUGACGGGCAAUCUUACGCUUCACACCCUUUCGCUUGGCGGCAACGAGAUCGAAGGCGACGUCGAUGCCUUCUCCGACCUGGCAAAGGCUCUGGGAAAGUCCGCGCUUAGGCAUCUGCGCCUCUCCUCCAAUCCCAUUCCGCGUAGGUCCAUGGCGGCCUUCUUCGACUCGAUGCCUCUUACCGGAACCUCGCUGGAGCGUUUGGAUUUGUCGAACACUCUAGGAGCACAGAUUCCAACAGUUGACAACUUGCCGAACAACGACAUCGCGGACACGGCGCUGGUCGCCAAAUCCAUAGCCAGCUUCAUCGCCGAUUCGCAGCGAUGCCGAGGCUUGUAUUCUCUGAGCCUUGACGGCAAUAGCUUCGAUGCUCGAACGAUCCGAACCAUCAUAUCUGCGUUCAUCGGCAGUGGCCGCAGACCUCCAAUGUUUCAAGGCAAGGAUGGCCCGAAAAACGACAUCUUCUUUCACAUCGCCUAUCAUGCGAGUGAUCGACCACCGAACACAUCCUUGGAGACCCUUAGCCUAUUCGGUAAUAUGCAGAGAGGCUGGGAACCAGAAGACCUGCAAAGCGAGCACGAAAGGAUUGACGCGAUCCAAAGCCGUUAUGCCAGGGUGCCCCUCAGCGAGUUCGGAAGUAUCGUGUCCUUCUUCGAGGCAAGGGCGGAGGCGAGACGGUCGAAAGGAAGCUGCGAUUCUGAUGAAGAGCUUCCAAUCGAGGUGAAGCACCACAUGACAACCCUCGGUGUGACUUUGGACCAGUGGGAGGACGACUUUGAGGAAGCUUUCUAUCUGGGUUGCGGCCUGAACCUGUUCAAUUGGAAGGCUCUGCUGGCUGAUCAAGUCAGGGUCAAUGCAACUUGGAGCAUGUACAGUCGCGAAGCUGCCAUCACGCUCUUGAAGGCGGCGAGGACACUGGGCUGCCGGGCAAAGAAAGGGCCACUCUCUAACCAAGAGAGAACUUCACCAGGAUUUUACAGGUUCCUCGAUCUGCCCCCGGAGCUCAAACUUCACGUACUGCGUCAGCUGGACGAGCGCCCGGGUCUCACCGAACGCCAAUUCCUCAACGUCGUCAGCUUCGCGUGCGAUCCCACCACCAUUGGCUACGGCCAGCCCGACUUUGACUGGUCGGGGCUCCUCAACGGGCUCGCUGGUGAAGUCGGCCACCAGGGCAGCUCUCUCUCACCGACGCUGCCAGCUGUACCGUGGAACUGGAACGACUGCUUCACGCAUCGAGCGCCACCUCGAGAUUGGAGUGCAGAUCUCAUGGACGCCUCGGACGACUUUGGAGAACGCGCCGCUCGCACCACACUUCCCAAGCCCGGCUAUUCUCGUUAUAGGCCUAACCUGUUCGCCUUUUUCGAGUCUACUCAGACGCAGCACUGGGAAUGGUGA